AAAAACAGAGAGCUGAUUAAGCAAUGUCAAGCAGGAGAUCUGGAGCUCCAAGACUGACCGAUGUCGACGAUGUUAGCAAUCUCAUCAUGAAGUUACAGGCAUUGCUACCGCAGCUUAAUCAAAAUAACCCAACCUCAGUGGUGACAGCAUCAAGUGUAAUGAAGGAAGCAUGCAGUUGCAUUAAGAGAUUACAGAAAGAGGUAGAUGAUUUGAGUGAAACACUAUCUCAACUACUGGAUUCUGUAGACAUCACUUCUGUUGAUGCAGAAUUCCUUCGAGGCAUUUUGUUGCAGUGAAUCCAUUUUUGUUCAAUGCUCCCAAUGGUGAUACAAUAAAUAUAAGCCAAAAAAAAGAGAUAAUGAUGUAAAAUUUCAUGUAUGCUUAUCCAUUUAAGUUCAAUGCUCCAAUCGCUGAUCCGAAUCGCU